GGUCAGUGGCGGCUGUACACAAACAAACCUCGCGCGUCCCAAGGCGGUGAGCGCGUGCCCAGCUGACCUUUUUGUCGUGGGUUCCAACCCGAGGCACCGCAAACUUUCCUCUGCCUUUCCGAUCGAUCCAAUAUUGUCGAUCGCUUAAUCCUUUCAUUCCAAUUCCAAUCGGGCCACUGGCAGAGAGUCUGGACGGUCUAUUGAUUGAUCUAUGAGUUGUCAUAAGCUGCAUACCCGAUCUUGAUGCCGCAUAUCAAAGACCUCAACGCUCAUGAGCGCCCGCCCGAGGUCCUCAAGCAGCGCUACAAGAAAUACCAAAAGUCUACCCUCUCGGAAAUAGAUUCCGAUGCUGGCAUCAUCGAUCUUCAAGCCUUGGACCCUCGGAAUCUCCCGGAGGAGAUCUCUUUAACGAAAUGGAUCUCUAGUGCAGAUCUCCGGCCAGUCUACGACCAAUUCGUCGGCCCAAGCAAGGAUAUGCAGGGCGCUUUGCCUGCUAAGGAUAUCCCCAUUUUCAGCCAUCGCUCUGUCUCUGGUUUGCAGGUGGUCCCAUCGCUGCUUCCACCAGCAGUUCAGGUCGAGUUAUUGUCUCGAUUGUUCCACCGGGACUUGUCCAAUCCGCGGCAUCGAACCAAUCUUCACCUGCACUAUGAUAUCACCUAUCCUCGUGCGACGAGCAGUGGUGAAGCCCAGCCGGUUGAAUCGGGCUCAACCGAAUCCUCCCUAGUACGCGAUUAUCCUCCAUCCUUCUUUGGAGAUGAUCCAGCCCGUGUCAUAGAGCCUAUAGACCCCAAUGUGCACAGACCACUUACUGUCCAAAGCAUACUGAACAGAAAGCUACGUUGGGUUACUCUGGGUGGUCAGUAUGACUGGACCGCUAAGGUAUAUCCUGCAGAGCGCCCUCCUGAGUUUCCUAACGAUGUUGCGAAGCUCUUGAGCGCCAUGUUUCCAGCGACUGAGGCUCAGGCAGCCAUCUUGAACGUCUACUCCCCUGGUGACCAUCUCAGCCCUCACCGCGAUGUCAGUGAAGAAUGUGAUGUGGGCUUGAUCAGUGUCAGCUUUGGUUGUGAUGGUUUGUUCUUGAUCAGCCAUGACGACGGGGAGCACUGCGAAAUCAUUCGGCUUCGCUCUGGGGAUGCUGUUUACAUGGAUGGCACCUCCCGUUUUGCUUGGCAUGCAGUGCCGAAAAUCGUGCCUAAUACUUGUCCUGAGUGGCUUGCUAAUUGGCCAUCAUGUUCACAUGGCAGUGCAGCUUCUCAAUACGAGACCUGGAAAGGAUGGAUGGCGGGCAAAAGAGUCAAUCUAAACGUUCGACAAAUGGAAAUCGUGAAGCCCCACGACUGAUUUCCAAGGCGAUCAGAUACAAUAAGAAACCAGUGAUUGGUUCCGUACUUUGAGGGUCAUAACUCGAAAUAAUCCCAAUGAGAAGGCCCGUGAAGUCGGCCAAGCAACGCAGUGCUUCAAUCCGUUGGAACCGAUGGCACUGUUU